AUGAGACCAAAUCCUCGUUAACAAUCAAAAAAAGAAUCCAAAAAUGUGUAACAACCUCCUCCGCCUCCUCCUCAAUCAAAACCAGUUUAAGAAGAUAAAUAAUUCAAUCCAGAUAAUUAUGUGAGAUAAAAUUUAAGUCGAGAUGAAGUUAUUGAAUUAAAGAAAGCUUUUGAUUUAUUUGAUGAUGAUGGAAGUGGCACAAUUGAUCCAGCUGAAUUAAAGGGAGCUUUUGAAGAUUUAGGACUUAGAGCUCAAAAUAAAAUGAUUUAUUAAGUGUUAGGGGAGAUUGAUCAAGACAAUUAGGGAGGAUUUUCAUUUGACAAUUUUAUCAAAUUGGCCACGGCUAAAUAAAAUUUAAAAGAGACAAGAGGUUCUUUGAUGAGAACUUUCAAUUUGUUUGAUCUAAAUCGUGAAGGUAGGAUUACUUGGGAUGAAUUGAAAAGGGUCUCAGUUGAUCUAGGGGAUGAGUUAAAUGAUGAGGAAGUUAAAAAGAUAUUUAGAAAAGCUGAUCUUGAUGAUGAUGGUUUUGUUACCUUCGAUGAUUUCUAUAAUAUGAUGACUGGAAGAGUCUAUUAUGAUUGAAGGAAUAUUAUUAUAAUAAAUAUAAGUAUGAACUUCACAAUAUACAAAA